CACAUCGCUGAGCCUUGACUGGCGCUCAAUCCACACUUCGGCCCACAUCGGGCGCAGGGCAUAAUGGGAGCUCUUAUUUCGUCCGUAUGUGUGCAUAACAAUUUUUGGCAAACAAACGGGCUUUGUGGAUCGAAGCUCUGUUCUGUAGAACAACGGCGGGUGGACAUGCGGUGGAAGGGCGACUGAAAAGAUUCGCAAAAUGCGCGACAAGUAGAAAUGCAAAAUAAACCAAUGACGUUGCCCACAACGCGCUUAUUAAGGCAAUUGGAAUUAAAAGUGUAUUAAAUACAUUUACGACUGUGUGCGUGAUGUUACCAGAUCUACUGCAUACACAUAAAUAUUCAAAACAAAAAAUAUUAAAUAAAACAAAGCAUUUAAUUUAAAUAUUUUGGCGGGCAGAUGGAUAAUGUUCACGGCAUUUACUGGCAGGCGUUGAGUUGCUGCUAAAAUAUGCUUAGUCUGGUAUAUAAGCUGGCUAGAUUUUUUUGUAGAAUCGUAGUACAACUUCAGCACUUCGCUAGUUAGCAACUUCGCAGCAAACAAACAACAAUCAAAAUGUUCAAAUCGUGUGUUCUUUUCGCCGUUUUCGCUUUGAUCGCCUGCGCUUCAGCUAAGCCCGCCGUGGUCGCCUACAGCGCUCCAGCUGUGGUUACCGCUCAGAGCUCGCAAUACAUUGCACGCAAUUACAAUGGUGUUGCUGCUGCCCCCGUCGUCGCCGCCGCCUACACCGCACCCGCCGUAGCUGCCGCUCCCGUUGCCGCCGCAUACACCGCCCCAGUUGCUGCUGCCUACACCGCCCCGGUUGCAUACAGUGCUCCCGUUGCCGCAGCUUACAGCGCUCCAGUCGCUUCUUACGCCAAUUAUUACCCUUACAACGCCGCUUACACCGUGGCUUACUAAAUGUUGGAUCGAAUGUGGAAAGUAAAUCCAUUAUGCUACUCAGGGCUAAUUCUAAAUGAACAAAAUGGAAUAAGGCAGCUAAAUUGGACUCUAGCUAAGGAAAAAGUUCGUCUAACAGAUAAAUUAUAUAGUUUGUGAUCAUUUUAGAGAUUUGUAACCAGUUUUUUGGCCGCAUACCUGCAUUGUACAUUGUUAAUAGGCUAUAUAAAUGGAAUAAUAUAAAUCCUCCAAAA